AUGUUGCCAAUUUUUCCAAAUUUUCACCUACAGAAAUUAAUUUGCAAGCCCAGCUGCGAAAAAUGCAAAAGAGCAAGAAGUUUUGAGCCGGAUGUUACACAGAAUGUGAGCUCAAGACCAGGUACUGCUCAGACUGUGGGCAAAGAAGCCGUUGGUAACGAGACAUUUUACGAUUCGUUAGAGACUGUUUGUGCUUCUCCUGGACCUCAUUCUGCAAACAAUGCAAAUACUACGUAUGAAAGCUCUGCAAAGAAACACAAACAUGGCAAGAGUGCGCGGGAGAACUAUUUUUUGGCACUGCGCAAGUCUAUUAGCAGCGGUGUAGAAUCUAUCAAAAGAAAGGCAGGUUUGGAUCUCUACUUUUUUUUGAGGAGUGAAGAUGAACUUUUGGAUCUAAAGAGAAGGUUAAUUGAUCUUCCACCCUCAGAAGAAGUUGAAAAUGUGCCAGCAGUUGUUGACGACGACCGACAGGAGAAGUUGGAACGUGAAUAUAACAGGAAAAUGGCCUCUCUGGACGUUGCAACAUUGACAGCUUACAAAUGUUCUUCAGCACCUGCACCAGAGCCUCCUGUUGAAAUUGGAGUGAAUGUACAGGCAGUAGAUGCUACAUCCUUAUCGCAUGUUACAGCUGUUUUUUCCACACCAUCGGUGCAGGAGCCACCAACACCAAUCGUUUCUGAACCUAUUAAUUUAUUUAGAGGAUCCACUGAUGCUAACAAGCCAUCUGGGAAUCUCUUUGGUGAUACUAGUAACAUCUUUGGAGGUUCGACAGAUAUCAAGAGCGAUAAUAUAUUCAGUGGAAUAUCUACUGAAUCAUCUUCUAAUAUUUUUGGAGGCUCUAUAGACACCGGAAAGUCGAACAUUUUUGGAAGUUCCGCAGACACAGACAAAAGUAGCAAUAUUUUUGGAUCUUCUUUUGACUCUGACAAGUCUUCCAGCUUGUUUAAAUCUGAUGAUUGGAAUAAAUCCACAAACCUGUUUGGCAAAACUACAGAUGUGGAUAAAUCCAGCAACUUAUUUGGUGCGACGACUACUUCUACGGAUGCAGGUAAAUCCACAAAUUUGUUUGGGGGAGCUACUGAAUCGGUAGACACUGAAAAAUCUACAAGUCUAUUUGGUGCACAUAGUGAGGUUUCAUCUACAAACAUUUUUGCUAGUACCAAAGACAAAGGUGGAGUUUCGACCAACAUCUUUGGAGGGACGACUGAAGGAACAUCUAGCAACCUGUUUGGAAAACUUACAGAUUCUGAAAAACCCACAAAUCUCUUUGGCACAUCAUCUACGGAUUCAAGCAAUGUUUUUUCCACUACAACAGACGAUGAGGUAAAAAGUACCAACAUAUUUUGGACUCAGGAGACAAGGGAUUCCCCCAAGAUCUUGGAUGUUACAAAUGUUGACUCUUCGGAUGAAGACGACACCGUUACGGUAGUCGCGAAUUCUUCACCCAAAGAAGAAGAAACGCCGAAAGAGGACGAAGAGUCUCAAGAAUUGCACUCUGAAAAGGACCCAGAAGCUGCUCAACAUAGUGAAGAUGAAACAAAGGAUAAUGUUCCAACAGAUUCGGUACCAGAUGCAACCGAGGUUCAAUCAGCCAGUGAAAAUGCAGACCAAGAGACUCCAAAGUUGCAAGAUGACGAGGCAUCAUCAUCUAGUGAGGAAGAGGGUGCCAUACCAGAACCACAUGAAGAUGCAAAGACUGAACCCGAAAAGACAACAGAUUCAAACGUCACAGCUCCAGUGGAUGAUGAAGAAAAGGAGAACAUACAAGAAAAGCCUCAGACAGAAGACUCAACUGAAAAGGAAAAUGUUACAACAGAGAAACGAAACAUUUUUGGUACAACCUCCGACACGGCAGUCAAGAAUUUAUUCAAGGCUAAUGAAUCACCAAUGAAGAAUAUAUUUGGUGAAAGUGAAUCAUCGGUCAAGGAUAUUUUCGGACCUAAAAAGGGUAAAACAGCCUCGUCCGGCUCUGCAAGCUCUGGCAUAUUUUCAAAUGCAGCAAAUGUAAAGAAUAUUUUUGGAGCCACCAGCAAGUCUAACUUGUUUGGGAGUACUACCGAUGCCAGUAAAUCUAGCAACCUCUUUGGGAGCACUACUGCUACAUCUACAAGUUCAACUAGCCUUUUUGGAGGGGCUAGUGCUACGACAAGCACGGAUGCUAGCAAAAGCACAAACUUAUUUGGCGGGUCUACGGAUACCACAAAGAGUACAAGUUUGUUUGGUGGAUCGACUGAUACUAGUAAAUCCACUAACCUAUUUGGUACCACAAGCACAUCAACAGAUGCUACAAAAACUACGAGCCUAUUCGGAAGCGCAGCUGCAUCGGUAGAUACCGGAAAAUCUUCAAACCUUUUUGCAAGUACAACCACGUCUGCGGACGCGAGUAAAUCUACAAGCCUGUUUGGAGGAGCUACUGAAGGCACAUCUGGUAGUUUAUUCGGAAAAGGUCCGGGCCUAUUCUCUAUCUCUGGCAACAUAAACACAUCAAUGCCUCAGGGAAAUCCACUAUUUGCUCCCAAGGAACCGACUUCAGACAUCUUUGGCAAGGGUACAACUGGAGCCAACUUUGUCUUUGGACAAUCAAACACAGGUACAUCGCAGCAGACCCAAAGUAGCAACAUUUUUGGUAAUACCUCUGGGACUCCAAGUAAUAUUUUUGGAAACACAUCCGGAUUUGGUAGCUUUGGUUCCAACACAUUUGGAGCAACCACGCCAGCUUUUGGUUCUGGGAAUCUCUUUAACCAAACUGGUCAACAAUCACAGGGAACAUCCAACGUUUUUGGUUUUAAUCAGAACAAUGUGCAAAACUCUGGCAACAUGUUCGGAUCUUCUGGACAGGGCAACUUUGCAGUGCAAGGGAACAAUUUCGGUUCUUUGCAGAGUCCCCAAAUUUCAAUUCCAGGCUUUGGACAGUCUAUGAAUCCUCAAACUGAGCAGAAUAUUGCCGCGAAUCCAUUCGCUGCUCAGUUCCUAAAGAAUAAAAAGCCCCGAGGAAGAGGGCGGAGGUGA